AUGGCCCGUCUUGCAGCUGUGUGCGUCUUGGCGGCUGUCGCCUGCCUCCUGAACAGCAUGGCCUUCGUGCCAGCUCCGGAGAGCCGAGCACGUGCCAUGGACACAGGAGCCAUGGCAGCGGCAGCUGGUGUCAUGGCUGUUGGCGCACCACAGAAUGCGGAAGCCUUCGUCUUCAAGGGCAAGGAGUACUUCGAUGUUUUCUACGGCAUUGAGCCACUGGCCUGGGCCUUCUGCGGCUUCGUCAUCGUCUACUACGGCGCCGUGCUGAAGAACGCUGCCACCAAGUACAACAUCCCAGUCGACAAGAACAGGUCACCCAAGGUGGGUGGCUUCCAGGGCAAGAUCGCCGUGAUUGGCGUGGGAGGCUGUGACUUCUGGCAGGAUUUCAGGUUUGCCGCGAAAGCGCUGCAGCUGGCCAUGAGGUGCUAUGGCAUCUGCAUCACGCCCAGGAUACAGGCCCAGGAAGUGCCGUUGCAACCCCAAGACCACUCCGCCAAGCCUCUGGUUGCCGUGGAGCUCAGGUGUCCGGUGGCUGAGGUGAUUUGGAGGUUGGCUUCAGAUGUCACAGAGGCCGUCAUCGCCUGCAAUCGCGGCGGCGCGUGGCUCAGCAGUUUGCAGCUGCUGCCGCGGCAGCUGGCCCUGCAGCACCGGCGCCCUGUGGUGGUGGUCAACGGCAGCCUCAAUGCAUGUACCUGGCUACUGGAGGGUUACUUGAGGGCUGUGAUGUGGUACCAGGCCUUGGAGCCUGACGAAGUGAGCCUCACCAGCUCUUGCCGUGCCGCCAGCUGGCAGCGUGCGGUUUUCGCUCUCGGCGUGGUUUCUGGCAAUGUUAUCCUUUGCAACGUGGUUUGCAGCGCCUUAGAGAAACAGCAUCAGUGGAGCGGGGCCCUGGAUGUGUUGAGCAUGAUGCCGUUGGCCGAAGUUCAGGCAGAUGUGAUUAGCUUCAACUCAUGUAUCAGCGCAUUGGAGAAAACGGCUCGUUGGAGUUUAGCCACCGUUCUGCUGGGACAGUUGCAAGGUGGCUCGCGACCGAGAGCCUCCGAGGUGAGCUACAACGCGUCGAUGAGUGCCUGUGGCAGCUCUGCUCAAUGGCAGUUUGCUUUGCAUUUGCUAUCGGAAAUGAAGGCGGUGAAGAUCCGACGGGGCAUUGUGUCCUUCAAUGCUGCGCUGUCCGCGUGCGGCAAGGCUUCAGAAUGGAGUCGGGCUUUGCUGCUGCUAAGCAGCUUAUCGGAGUUGCAGCUGCAAGCGACAGUGGUCACUGCCACUGCAGCUGUCAGUGCCUGCGCUGAAGCGGCCGCGUGGCAGACAGCUCUGGCCAUGGUGCAGGACUUCAGUGUGGCGCGGAUGAGAAUCUCCAUGGCCACCUACAACGCACUUCUUUCAACCUUUGGACCCAAUUGGUCAGAAGCCCUUCACACGUUCUGCCAGCUUCAUGCCGAAACUGCAUUCAAGCCAGAGAUCAUCUCCGUGAAUGCGGUCGUUACGGCCUGUGCUCGUGGUGAAGUCUGGACGUGGGCCUUGCAGGGGCUAGAAAACCAUGAGCCCAAUGGGCUGCAGCUGAGCAGGGUGAGCUACAAUGCCAUGGGCUGUGGCCAGCUUCCAUGGUGGCGGGCAGUUCAUGUCCUGGAUGAGAUGCAGCGCCGUUGGCUCCGUCUGGACCCUGCCACCUGGGGCUCUCUGUGCCUCGCGGUGCCCUGGGCACGUGCUGCGGAGGCCCUGGCACGACUGCCCGGGCUGCGGGCCGAUAUCGCUGCGCGCCAGGGAGUGGCUGGCAGCUGUGGGGAGACGCUGUUGUGGCAGAGGGCCCUGGAACUGGCGGAGGACCAGGACGGGCAGGGUUUUGCCAUGGAAUCUGGCACCAAAGGUGAGUCUCAGGUGAGACGCUUUGCUGGUGAUGGUGACAAUCCCCCGAAGCAGUACAAGCAGUGGAAGCGAUGGGCUCGGGCCUAUCUUAAGGUCCAAGGCUCAAAAGGGAUGUCUGCAGAUGCUUUUGGAUCUGUUCUGUACACACUACUGGACGGCCCGGCACUCCGAGCUUUUGAUGCCACCGACAUGGACAUCAUCGAAACUGCCGGAGGCCAAGAUGUGAUCUUUCAGGUGCUGGACGAGAGGUACCCGGAGGAGGCAUCACAUGACCGUUUGGGAGAAGUUCUAGAUCAAAUUUUUGAUUUGAAGGUGGACAGAAAUGAGAGCACGGCAGCAUUUACAGGCAAAGUGAGAUCAGCUUUCUCAGCAGCGGAAGCAGAAGGGAUCAGAUUUCCUUCCGUGGCCAAGGGCUACAUGGUGCUGAGGUUUGCGAAGCUGACGCCAGAACGGAAGGCAGUAGUUUUGGCUGCUGCCCGAAGAUCAUACGAGGAACAGGACAUCAUGGCUGCCCUGAGAACAACGUACCCAGAGGGACUCCAUCAGUCCAGGUCGUCGGUGAAUGCAGUGACCAAAGUGGAGGAGAGCCAGAGUGGCGAAGAGCACGGUGCAUUGGCGACGGAAGAGGCUGAUGAGGAGAAUGAGCCCUUAGAUGAACAGGACGCCAUCGAGGUACUCUUGUCAUGGAAGGAGACAAGAGCCAAGAUCAGCAAGGAGAAGCUGAGUCGAGGUUUUCCAACUCGCCAGGAUGUGAAGAAGCUGGAAGCUCGUGUGCGAUGUUUCAAGUGCAAAGCAGUGGGACAUUUCAGCAAAAAUUGUCCUAAGAGAGGCAGCUCCAGCUCUACAAGUUCCCCUGGAAAGAGUGGCGUGAAGGUGAAUUUUGUGAAUAUGGUUUCUUCUUCCAGCGAUUCAAAGACACAGUCCAUCGUCGACGAGUACGACAUGAUCGAGCAUGACGAGACGGACCAGGUCACCGAGCACGAGAUUGACGUCAUGGUGAACGAGUGGGCUGAUCGACGCAAGGAUUUCUGGAAGACUGAGAAUGAGCAGGUGAUCAGAGUGCAUGUGCUCCCACGACGGAACCUUUUCACACCCAUGAGGACACAAUGUCCUGUCUCAGUGGAGGAGCUGAGCACCGCGAGAUUGACGAAGGUGAAGCCCAGUCAGGACGGGAGAUCAGCAACCGAGGUCUUCACCGCCAAUUGGAAACAUUCUGGAGAAUCUCACCGAGAUCUCGGAUAUGAAUGGACCGGAGAGACAAUCUUCUACAAGGACAAGGCAGUGAUCUAUGAGUCACCAGAGCAGGAGGAGACGGAAGAGGAGAUUGACGGUGUGGCGGCGGUGUUGAUGGAUUUGAUGCGACAAUAUCAUGGAGGACAAGCUUUUCAAGUGAGAUCAGACCCAGGAGAUUGGGUAGACCUACAAGAAGACACGUCCACCGAGGAGACGAUUGCGGCUUACGCCGAUGCUUUCAGAGAAGUUCAGCUCAAGGCCCAGGAACCAAAUGCAAACAUGAACGACCCCGAAGGACCACGAGAUCAUCGAGCUGACGGAGAUGACUCUUCAUCAGGUGAGGAGCAUGACAUGCAAUUCUCUGGGCAACAACCAUGUCUCACUCAUCCUCCUGGCUUUGGAGUGGUUGACACGGGAUGUGGACGUGGACUCAUUGGAGCUGACACACUUCAAAGACAUCGAGACCUUUUGGCGACCAAGAACAUCAAGAUCAUUGACCUGGCAAACCAGAAGCAGGUUUUCCGCUAUGGAAACGGCAGCGUGGAUGAGGCGAUUGGAAGAGUGGAGAUACCAAUUUUCAUCCAGGGCAGACAGCUCCGGAUGAGAGUGAGCGUGGUGCCAGGACAAGUGCCACUGUUGAUUUCCAAGCGAUGUCUCAAGGCAUUGGGAGCUCACAUUGAUUUGGUGACAUCCACGAUGCACCUCACCAAGGCUGGACUCCAAGCACCACUCCAUGAGCCAAAGAACGGCUCGUACCAGAUUAAUCUUUGUGAUUUUGAUCCCCAACGAGCUGCACCCUUCAAGUCUGAGGAGAUCGACCUUACGGACAUUACCUUCGUGAACAUGGUGACCACCGACGACACCCACAAGAACGACGCAGAGGUAGUCAUGGACACCAAUGAGGACAUGUUUGAAGGGAAUUGGGGAGUCAUGAAGGCUCAACAGCGCAAGAUGCUGAUGCGCGACAUUCAGGAAGCUCUACGAGUACAUGGAGAAGACCGACAACCCAAGAUCAUGGAAAUCUUUUGCCCUGGACGUUUUGCAGAACAAGCUCAGGCCAUGGGGUACCAGAGCGUUGGCACUCUGGAUCUCUCAAAUGGAUGGGAUUGGAGUCGGGAUGACCACCGACGUGCUGCGGAGCUUCUGAUUGACCAAGCCCAACCAGACCUUCUGCUGAUGUGCCCCCCUUGCGGACCUCUGAGUCCAUUGCAGAAUUUGACUCCUGAUCAUCGACGAAGAGAUCCACAAGGACAUGAACAAGAAGUGCUGCAAGCCAAGUCUAUGAUUCGUUGGUGCGUCAAGAUGGCGCGGAAGCAGUUGGCGGCUGGGAAACACUAUCUCUUUGAAAGCUCAAAGAGAGCUGGCACAUGGAGUAUCCCGGCUAUGGAGAAUUUUGUCAAGGAGACCAACCCGGCCAUCCUUGAAGUCUCCCUUUGCUCUCUGCAUUUGCGAUGCCCUGAGUCUCGCAGGCUAUACGGCAAGGAGUGGCGAUUUAUGACUUCCUCUCUGGGAAUUGUGAUUGAUCACAUGCAGCCACAGAACUAUGACGAGUGGCUUGAAUGUGUGGACUGCACCACAGAGGCUAAGAAUAGCCUGUUGCGCCGUGGCGGACAUAGCCCCUAUCAGCUGGUGCUUGGCCAAGACCCGGAGUUUCCGGGUGAUGAUAUGUUGUCGUGGAAUACCAGGAAAGAGGAGUCAUGCCAGAUGGAAAAGACAAAGAACGCCCCGGAUACAGAUUCCAAGCCAGCCGGCGGUGAACCUCAGCAAGUGCCGAGUUCCGGACCGCAGUCCAUCAAAAGUUCUGGACCGCAGUCAAUUUCGAGUUCACAGUCUCGAGAAGAGCAGAUUGCACAGCUGUCACCCCAAGAACGAGAAUUGGUUCGUGACAAGCAGGCCCUCAAACCUUUGAGUUUAGCCGAGACGGCUGAGAUCAAGCGAUACGAAGAGUAUGAACUGUUUGAGGUGAUCAAGCCUUUGUAUGGUCUCAACGACUCCCCUCAAGGAGUCAUCCAUGUGUCACAAGCAGAGUUCGCCAGCAAGCUGCCAAAACCGAAGUUGAGAGGGUCAGUAUCUGACAAACGAGUGGCCAUUGACUUAGUGAUCAUCAGGGAAACCUUAAAUCGAAUCAGUGGAAAAAUUAGAUGGGCCCCCACUUGGCUUCAACUUGCGGACGCCCUGACUAAAGAAAACCCUGAUGCGAUGGAUAUUUUGAGAGCUGCAAUGCAUGUGUCUCAAUAUCAAUUGAGUGAAGAAAGUCUUAUGAUGAAUGCUGCGGCAGAGCAACGCAGUAAACGUCAGGAGAGAACACCAAAACAAAAGGAAGCAGCCCGAAAGGCUUUUGAGGCUCUCAGGAAACCCCAGGAGACGUUUGUCAAUUUCGUCGUGCCCGAGUGCCGUGAGAACAUGGUGAAAGUCAGCACAGCAGGACUUGCUGAAGGAGAAGUCCGAGCUCUUUUCGAGGCCGUCACCAACACGUGGGUGAAGGACCCCGAAGAGUACUUAGAAUGUGUCAUUCAGAAUCAGACGGCAUGCAAGAUCAAGAUGCCACUGAACAAGAUGAAUGGCAAAAUGUUCAAAGGUGUCGAGAUGAAGGUCAACUUGAGCUACACCAAGUCGACCCAGAUGGUUGCUGUCACCACCGGUGCAGCAUAUCUGGACCAGGCUGAGCAGCAGCUCAAGGAUGUCUUGGGAGUUUACCGGCAUUUCAUAGACCACCGACAAGUGCUUCCCCUUCCAGAAGGGUCAGAGACAUGGAGUGAAGCGCUUGGCUAUCUUCGGAACUAUGGAAUCAAGUCCAACUAUAUGAUCAAGACAGAGGUGGAUGACGAUGAAGAUCCGAUGAAAAAGACCUAUGCCGACAUGUUCCCAGACGCCAAAUCGAAGUUCACACCUGAUGAGGAAGAGUUCAAAGCAGCGAUUGCCGAGUUGGCACAUGAGACAUCAAGGAAGCUUUACAACUACCCAGCAUGGAAGAACCAGAUCCUUGAAUUUCUCCUCCAGGAGUGCGAUGCUGAUACCGACAUGAUUCGCGAGCUCAUGAGCACGCCAGCCGAGAGUGAAACAAGCUGGUCAGAAGUGACAGAGAGUCAGAAGCUCUACUGCUGGCAUCUGGACAUCAACUGGACCUGGCGUGGAUUGCAAGUCCUGGCUGAUUUCUUCAUGGCCACUGUCGCUGGCAUUUGGGCACUGAGUGCUGCCUGCAGUGCCUGCGAGAAGUGUGGCCGCUGGGAGGAAACCAUGGCCCUGCAACGGCAGCUGGUCAGAUGUCCUAUGCCAGGUGGUGAUGCGACCUAUUCCUGCAAUGCAGUGUUGAGCUCCCUGGAGAAGGCCCACCUCUGGGUCUCGGCUCUUAGCCUGGCGACCGAGCCGCUGGACGUCAUCGGUGCCAGCGCAGUGGUGAGCGCCUGCGAAAAGAUGGGCCGAUGGCGACGAGCCAAGGAGAUCUUGGGGCAGUUGAAGUUCCAGAAGGUCCAACCGAAUGAGAUCACCUUCAAUGCUGCCAUCAGCGCAUGUGAGAAGGGAGAGAUGUUGGUGGCUGCGUCCAGGCAUGAUCAUCAGAUGAUCAGAUGUCAGCCCCAGCAGACCCAAGAAACACUCCGCAUUGCCAUGUCGCACCCUGCGCCCGGCAAGGGCCAGGGCAAGGAGGGCCAGGGCAAGGGCCGCCAGGGCAAGGGCCGCCAGGGCAAGGGCCGCCCGAGCAAGGGCUGGAUGCCCCGUGGCGCAUCGCUCUUAAGGCACCUGCAAGGGAUGCAGCCCAGCUCCAUUCCGCGCUUGGUUGGACACCCACUCUCUGCUGACGAGUACUUCUUGUCUGCAAUGGCCGUGCGUCAGGAUGCCCAGACCCAUGCAGAUGAGAACAACCUUUUGACCUUUGGUGAAGCUGCGGGUUGGGAUGUGGAUGAUAUGCUGGCAGCUCAAGCGCCGGCACGGAACAUGGGUUCUGUGGGAAGUGGCGAAGGUUUGGUGGGCACCUGUGGCUUCAUGGGCGUGGCGGCGGGAAAGUAUGCUGCCAGACUGAAGGCGGUGGAGUUGAACGCUACAUUUCAUGACCAAGGGGAUGCCAGUUAUGAGGCGCAGGCGGCCAGCUAUGCCCAGCUGGGCCUUCGCGUGGUGGUGAAGGUUUCGGGCUACGCCACCCACCGUGUCCAGUUGCAGGAUCCCACUGAGUGGUGGCCCUGGCUGCGCGCCAAGUACGCCCCCUUUGUCAACGAAGGCGUUUUGGUGGGUCUCUUGUGGCAGCUUCCGCCAUCUUUCACCUGCACUGAUGAGAACUGCCAGCGUUUGGAGACUUUGGGCGAGCUCCUGCGUUCAAAAUCUCAAACGGAGCCCUGGUUGGAGCUGAGACAUGCUUUUGAAUUUCGUCACUCCUCCUGGUUUCGCAGCCCUCGAUGGCGGGAAGGCUUCAAGAAGCAGCAGUUGAGCCUGGUGAGUCUUCACUUGCUGAACGACACCUCCUGGGCUGGUGAUUUGGAGUCCGGCUGGCAUGGGCUGCCAGAGGAUUCGGCGCCGGACUUCGUGUACCUGCGCUGCUUCGGCACUCGAGGUCGAAGUAUUGGAAGCUACAGCAGGGAGGAGCUGCAAGACAUGUUGGCUGUGACCCAGAGAUCCACCUCCUCAGUGGUGAUGUUUGGUCAAGGUGACGCGCCCAAACAGGCCUUGGAAAAUGCCUGGGACUUGCAGGACCUGAAAACUCCUGGAGCUUCGAGCCAUGUGAACCGAAGUGAUUCCAAGCUGGCUGGGAAGGUCUGCAGCGGUGUGGUGCUGCGGAAGGGACAGGAUCGAACGGUUCUCUCAGUCACUCUGGAGGAUUCCCAAAGCCGCACCGGAUAUUUGGGCUCCAGACAUUCGCGGCGCCGGGGGUUGAAGCUGCGGGUUGGUGAGGUCCUGGAGCAUUUGAGGGUGGAAGCGGAAGACGCUUCAGGUCGUUUGCUGUUGAGUGUUUGUGACAUUGGCUCCAAAGAGAGCGCAGAAGCAGUGAAGGACAGUUGA